UCCCCGUGGGCAGGCAGGCAUACCACUGCAAGAGCGCACUAUUUACUUAAUUUCCCACUUUGUAUACAGACUGGUUUGAGUUGCCCGCGCUGAUUUGACUUCCGAGCUUCCGUUUUUGGUAUAUGUGUGGAUAACUACCCCACAUGCUUUCUUUUCUGUUGUGACGCUUUUCCUAUGAUAUAAAUGGCAUUGUGCGCCUGCUGGAGUUUUAUUUAACGUUCCGACGCGGUGAUUGUACUAUAUUACGAGUCAGUAAGCGAAGCUGUAUCGAAGUUAUCGUUAUUUUAAAAAGUACAAAUACGUGAAUGAUGACUAAAAGCGUGAUUUAUUUUCAUUGGCUAUUGAUGUUAGGCAUCGCUGUAGCAGCACCAUCAAAGCUAUCUGAGCGACAGUCAAUGUCUCACAGUCAAGCAGCAACAGUUACUGUUACACCAAAAUAUCCUAUUGAAGAUAUGCAACUUAUGCAACCGCAUUAUAUUACACUUGAGGAUUUCGAAUCAUUGCUGCGUCGUGCGGGUGAACUCUUCCGACCAAAUGCCUACGUUUCAGACGAAUCAAAAUCAAUGGCAGCACAGCAAAAAAGUCAAUUACAACCUUUAGUUGCUGCUUCUGAAGUGGCAACUCCCUAUCGGCAAAUUCAACCGCCCUCGGUGCAACCGUUCAAUUUCUACAUGCCACUCUUCGAUUAUGAUCAUGGCAAAUUGGAUACCAAGAGUAAACGUUUGGAGCAUAUUGUGCCACCACCAGCUCCAGGCAAAGGAGGUGAUCAAACCAAUUACUAUGCUGCAAAACCUAAAAAGUUACCGAAAAAAUUUAAUGCUGGUACCAAACAAGUUAAUGUAAAAUGGUUAAAUGCUUUCGAAAAGGAAGCCUUAAACGAUGCUAGUGGUCGAUUGCCGAAAGCAGUAUAUUUACUACACGAUGAACGCAAUCGUAUUAACUUUGAUGACUCUUUCUUUGGCGUUGAUAUGCAAGUGAAAAUACCCAAUAAUCAACCCCAUAAGGAGGAACAUGUCGAGAGCAAUGGUACGCAGGCGCAAGAAGAGUUUCUCAAUCAGGGUGAAGAGGGUGGCGAGGAGGACUUAUUGGCUUCGGCCGCUGGGCAAGUAGCACACCGCGUGUCCAAAGUCUAGUUAAAAGGUUCAGUCAUAAUUUAUUAUUAUCAUGUAAAUCAAAUGUACAUAAAUAGGUAUCUUGUAAAAAUUUACCAAAAAACCAAUGUGUGUGGGGUAUAAUUUCAAAUAAAAUCAACACAUCUGAAAUGGCGAUGCAAAUAUUGGCAGCAAAAUCACUUGUGCUUUAGAUACCAGCAGAUACCAGUCUUUGAGAGGUUAAAAUGACAUCCAAUAAUUUAAUGUUUAAUAGUCGAAU